UUACCUGUACGUGGAAGCGUUGUCUUGUCUCACCUGAACUGCUCGAGAUGGAGGGAACUUUAUGAUAUACCAGGAUAUCUAUUUCUUUAUUCGAGUUUUUUUUAUUUUACCAAAGGCUUUUACUUGACUUCUGCCAAGGUGAUUUAUUUAUUUUCAUACCAGUGAAUAUAAUAGGCUACAAAAAGCUAUUCGUACAUCGCGUCGGAAUAGAACUACGGGCACCAUUGGAUAAACAGGUCUGUAAUCGUGGACAGAACCCUCAAGCUCUCCAUCCAGCCAUGUGGUAGUCUACACAUCUUUACCCAGUUAUCAGUCAGCCCACCACACCCCGGACCCACCCGGCUACCGCUCACUCCUCACCAGACUCAGCCUUCAACACCAGUAUCCCACAGACAGCAGCUGGUCUCAUGGCCCACCCCUAUGAACCCUGGUUACGGACAGCACCCCCUGGUGGCAGCUCAGAUGAGAUGAACGUUCCCUCAUGGUGGGACCUCCACACCGGGCCAGGGAGCUGGAUGGACCUGCAGGCGGGCCAGGGUGUGGGCUUACAGGCAGUUGGUCAGAGCUCCAUGGGACUGCAGUCUUCCCUGGGGCCUUACGGCUCCGAGCCCCAGCUGUGUUCUUCUGCUCAGCUAGCCCAGCUCGCCCCAGCCUCACACUCAGCUCACUCUCACCUCUACCCCCAGGAUGGCUUCAAGAUGGAGCCGCUGGGAGGACCUGAGCUCCUGCAGCCGGAGUCAUACUCCCUGGAGGAGCCACAGGAGGGUGGCACCUCGGUCCGGCCCAAGCCCCAGCGCCGCUCUGCCUCCAGGGGCUCAGGCCAGUCUGUGUGCCGGUGCCCCAACUGUGUCCAUGCCGAGCAGAUGGGCCAGAGCACUGAUGACGACCGGAGGAAACACAUGCACAACUGCCACAUCCCGGGCUGCGGCAAGGCCUACGCCAAGACCUCUCACCUGAAGGCCCACCUGCGCUGGCACAGCGGGGACCGGCCCUUCGUCUGCAACUGGCUCUUCUGCGGCAAGCGCUUCACGCGCUCUGACGAACUUCAGCGACACCUGCAGACACACACCGGUGCCAAGAAGUUCAGCUGCACCAUGUGCCCCCGCGUGUUCAUGCGCAACGACCACCUGGCCAAGCACAUGCGUACGCACGAGUCUCCAUCCGGUCCAGGGGAGGAGAGGAUGUAUGGAGAGGGGGGCCGGAUGGGGAAGAGCUUUGACACACCUUCUCCUCAGCCCUCCCACGCCACUGCAUCUGACACAGAGGCACCCCUUAAGCAGCCGAAAUGUGAGAAAGACCCCUCUGGGACAGGACAGUCCAGCUAACUGUAUCCCGUCCACAUCUGGAAUGCUAUACAGAUAACGUCGGUGGGCUACUAUCAGCCCCUUUCUAUCAGACAGAGAAUCCAUAGUUUAUAAUACAUGUAGUCCAGUGGAGGUAGAAUCAUAGAGGGUUUUAUAUUAUAAAUUGAUAGUUUAUUUCUACCAGAUGCAUUGAACAACAUAAGGCAACAAAGGCCCCUCUGAUUUUAAGAAUGCAUCAUAUCACACAUAACAGCACCAUACAGCAUAGACAGACAUAAAACCAAAGAGCAUAUGUUACAUCACCAACAGAGGACAAGCUGUCAAGUGCCUUACUGGAAGGAUAUCCAUCUAAGGAAUCAAGGAAAAUGAUUUUUUAGAUGUUGUCUUCCAUUUAAGGAAAGCUUUGGUGGCAACCAAACCAGAGCCAAAACUUGCUAGGUGCUAGGACUUCCGUUGCUGCUACUACUAUUAUACCAUCUAUCCAUAGAGACUUUGAGAACGAGCUAAACUGAAGAUGGUGCUUGAUGUGUUUACAGUAAAACUACUAGCUACUUGGAGAGAUAUUUAUUUCCAGGAAGCCAUCAAUCUCUCCAGUCUCCACUGCAUACAUCUAACUGAAUUUAAGGCAAUGGAAGUAGAGGGUUAGAAUAUGUUGGUAUGUUGUGUUGGCUGCCUUUCCCCACCCUUUAACCCACCCCCUUGCCUUGCUGUGUAUAAUAUACUGUACGUGAGUGUAUGAACAUGUCACUGGAAAAUUCCACACUGUAUUUUUGGUUUUGACCACGCAUAAUGUUGGCGUCAACCUUUCGCCAAAGAGCACCACAGUAAAGCACCACUAAAAUUAAUUUUGGUGCGGUAUGUGGGCGGUUCAAAUAAAAAGGACGCCAUUUGCUCUGUAGACGGCAAAUGAAUUAAAAGUAUGGCACUUGAAGUGCAGAGAUGUCCCACUACAGCACAUUACAGCAUGGUAUUCAUACUCCAUGUUUUACGUCAACAAAUAUAUUUUCUGUUUAAUGUACAUUAAGAAGACAUUAAUUGUGUUAUCCAUGUAUUCCACUUACAGUAAAUGCACCGUAUGUAUCAUCACGUUUAAAUAUCCCUCAGCUGUGACUGAAAAGCACCGUUGCUCAUCUUUUGACACUCCUUAUCUCGGCUAUGCUGGUGUGAAUGUCACAUGAUGACAGCGUAUCUCAUUCACAGGAAAUGUGUAAUUCCUUUGUCUUGUCGCUGAUAGUGUACGAUCCACACAAUACCCAUUUCACACUUCACAGAACCUACUGUAGUAACAGGCUGAUAAGGAUUUCCUUGGACAAAAGACAGGCUGGAUACAUCACUAAUCAUGAAAUGUACGCUGGACUGAAAUGUAAGCUGAACUGAAAUCCCUAAUUGAGAGGAAUUUAUGUAAACCAUAUUUUGUCACAACAACAACUUCCAGGAUAAGCAACAAUUCCUCCUCCAAGGUUGUUCAAGCAUAAAGCCAAAAACAGAUGGAGUGGAAUUGUUUAGAACCCAUUUUGAUAUUAAUAGUCAUAAAUAACCAUUUAUAUCUUGAUAGAAGAUGCACUUCGAUAAAGUUUUAGGAAUCCAGUAUAGACCUUUCUAAAUAGGCUUAGGCCUGUGUGCCGUGGUUUAGGCUUCUUAGCUUAUAGUGCUCACUGUAAAACAAAUUAGCCUUGUUAGGAAAACAUUGUUGCAUUUUGAGUCAAAAUGUGCUUAGCUAUGUAGAGAUCUCUUACUGAGGUGUUUAUUGUAGCCCCCAUUAGAAACAUCCCUAAAUAAAAUAAAAUGUGUUUUUUUGA